AUGUCGACUGCAUACGAUUCAUGUCUAUUUAAGAAUAUCUUUGGUACCCAAGAAAUCAGGGAGGUCUUCAGUGAUGAUUCCUAUAUCAGAAAUAUGAUAACGACAGAAAUAUCGUUAGCAAAAGCUGAAGGACAAUGUGAUGUUAUUCCUAACAGUAUUGGUGAUGCAAUUUAUGAAUUUGGUAAGGACUUAGGUCGCUUUUCUAUUGAUAAAUCUUUACUUGGAGAGCAAACUGAUAUAGUUGGAUAUUGUGUAUUACCUUUACUAAACCAGCUAACUACUCAGUUCCCCGAAAAUUUAGGUGGGUAUCUUCACUGGGGGGCAACAACUCAGGAUAUUAUGGAUACUGCUUCUAUGUUACAAAUUAAGAAGGCCUUGGAAAUAGUUGAGACAUACUUGUUGGAUUUAAUACUGAUAUUGAAAGAUUUGGCCCAAAAAUAUAAAGAAACUCCAAUGGCAGGUAGAACUCAUUGGCAACAUGCCUUACCAAUAACUUUUGGAUAUAAAUGUGCGAUAUGGCUUUCGAGUUUACAGAGAUCUUUCAGUAGGCUACAAGAAUUAAAACCAAGAUGUUUGUUGGUUCAAUUCGGUGGUGCAGCUGGAACGUUAGCGUCUUUAGGAAAUGAUUCAAAUAAAGGCUUGAAUGUUAGGGCUAAGUUAGCAAACUUGCUAGGUUUAAAUAACCCAUCUAUUACAUGGCAUGUAGCAAGAGAUGGAAUUGCCGAAAUCAUUAAUCUCCUUGCCAUUAUUUGUGGCUCUUUAGGAAAGAUAGCACUUGAUAUCAUUGCAAUGUCAUCGAAUGAGCUCGACGAAGUCUCCGAACCAUAUGUUGCCCAUAGAGGAGCAUCGUCUACUAUGCCUCAAAAAAGAAACCCUAUUUCUUCAGAGUAUAUUUUGGCCGCAUCAAAGGUUGUUCGUGCAAAUGCUGGAUUAGUUCUAGAUGGACUAGUUGCAGAUUUUGAAAGAGCAUCAGGCCCUUGGCAUCUAGAAUGGGUAGCUAUACCAGAAUCAUUUAUUUCUACUGUUGGUUCUUUACACCAAAUGAAAUUUGCUUUAGGUGGAUUAGAGGUUAAAACUGAUUCAAUGCUACGUAACCUUGAAUCAACUAAAGGACUAAUCGUUGCAGAAGCCGUAAUGAUGGGCCUUGCUCCUUUCAUUGGUAGACACGAUGCACAUGAAAUUGUAUAUAAAUGCUGCGUUACAGCUCAUGAUGGUAAAACUGCUUUAUAUGAUAUUUUAAGAUAUGAACAAAAGAUAAUUGACAAAGUCGAUCUUCAGGUAUUAAAAAAAUUAUGUGACCCAAUCAAUUAUUUGGGUUGUUCCUCUUAUAUGAUCGACGAUGUUUUGAAUUUGAAGUAA